AUGGAGCCAAAGUUGGUAUUCGCAGUUCUUCUGCUCAUUUCCGUAGCUGUGUCGGCCGAAUAUGUGAGGCCUCCACCGCGCAAAACCCUUGAUUUUCCGUGGAGUGAGAAGCCGUCUUCCCAUCCGCAGCAGGUGCACAUCUCUUUGGCUGGCGAAAACCGCAUGCGAAUCUCGUGGGUCACGGAUGAUAAAUCUGCUCAUUCAACCGUGGAGUAUGGAACUUCACCUGGGAAAUACAGUGCCAAGUCUCAUGGAGAGAGCACGUCCUAUAAGUAUCUGUUUUACAGUUCAGGAAAGAUUCAUCAUACUGUCAUUGGUCCACUUGAGCCCAACACGGUGUACUUCUACCGGUGUGGUGGACAAGGUGUCGAGUACCAGUUGAAGACCCCUCCUGAUCAGUUCCCAAUUACAUUUGCUGUGGCUGGUGAUUUGGGGCAGACUGGCUGGACUGAAUCGACCUUGGACCAUAUUGACCAAUGCAAGUAUGAUGUGCAUCUACUUCCUGGAGAUCUGUCCUAUGCUGAUUACAUGCAGCACCGUUGGGAUACUUUUGGGGAACUGGUCGAGCCAUUAGCCAGUUCAAGGCCGUGGAUGGUGACACAAGGGAACCAUGAAAAGGAAAGCAUACCACUUUUGGUGGAUGGUUUUGCAUCCUAUAACUCCAGAUGGAAGAUGCCAUAUGAAGAGAGUGAAUCGAGUUCAAAUCUUUACUAUUCUUUCGAAGUUGCCGGUGCUCAUAUUGUUAUGCUUGGUUCGUAUGCUGAUUAUGACGAGUACUCAGAUCAAUAUCAUUGGCUGAAGGCUGAUCUUGCAAAGGUUGAUCGGGCAAAGACACCCUGGCUCCUUGUGCUGUUGCAUGUGCCUUGGUAUAAUAGUAAUAAGGCUCAUCAAGGUGAAGGAGAUGACAUGAAGGCAGCUAUGGAGCCUUUACUCUAUGAUGCUAAAGUGGAUCUGGUGCUCGCUGGCCAUGUGCAUGCCUAUGAGCGCUCGAAACGGGUACAUGAUGGAAAUUCCGACCCCUGUGGUCCUGUCUAUAUAACCAUUGGAGAUGGAGGGAACAAAGAAGGUUUAGCUUCAAAGUACAUAGACCCACAGCCAAAAUGGUCAGCUUUCCGUGAAGCAAGUUUUGGCCAUGGUGAGAUCCAAAUUGUAAACUCUACUCACGCAUUCUGGAGUUGGCACAGGAACGAUGAUGAUGAACCUGUUAGAUCAGAUUCCAUAUGGAUAAACUCUUUGGUGAGCUCAGGGUGCCUUGCUGAACAAAAGUUUGGGGCGAGGAAGAGCCUCCUGUAA